UAUUAAGAUCUUGUUUCUCUGUAGAUAAAAAGGUUGCAUUAGAAGUCUUUUAAAAUGCCAUGUAAUCUCCAAAGAACCUUAGGGCAGGACAAUAUUUAUUUUCCAGAAGUGUUCGCCCUUUACAAAUGAUAUAGUCUGUAUAAUCAGCAUAGUGAUUACAAACUAGAACUAAAAGUAAAACUUAGUAUUAAAACAUAGGGUUUUAAUUCAUUAUUUACUCAGAUAACAUGUGAAAUGGAAAAUCUGAUUUACAGUAUACAGUGGCGGGAUUCAACCAGUUCACACCACUUCAGCAGAACCGGUAGCUAAUUUUUUGUUGCCCAGGCCCAGAAUGGACUUCCGGAAGCAGCAUCCACACAGAGAAUCAGUUAUUCACAUAUUUGAAUCCCACCACUGAGUAUACCACACAGGUACAAUUUUGCUAAAUAUUCCAAAACUGACUAGAAUUUACUUUGUGUUCUGAAACACUGUGUGUGUUUCUUCUAUAAAAAAAACUCUCAUGUUUUCACCAAUAAUAUGCUUUUGGCUUAAACAAAGGAAAAACAAUCCCCAUGUCAGGAACCCUAAAAGUUACUUAAGAUAAGGCUGGAUUGUCAGAUUUUCUGCCCCCAAUAGAAAAAGUUUAGUCUGCUGAAAUUAAAUUGCUGCUUGGUCUAAGAGGAAGUAGAUUAUCAUUAGCAAAUUUAGGGGAGGGAAACUGAACAGCGAAAGAACAUUUUCUUCAAGCUGGCCAGUCCUUCAGUUGUGUUUCAAGCAGCAUGAAUUCUCUAUUCAACACCUUGUUAUUUUCACCACUGCUCCUUCUAACCCUCAAUAUUCGGGAUCUGACUGAAGCUUGCAGCUGUAGGCCAGCUCAUCCACAGGAACAAAUCUGUAAUUCUAAUAUUGUGAUUCAUGCAAACAUACAGAGUAAAAAAGUGGUUAAAGAUUCGGAUUCUUGGAAAAUCAUCAAGUAUGAAGUCAAACAAAUAAAGAUGUUUAAAGGUUUUGAAAAGGUGAAAGAUGUUCAGUAUGUUUUUACACCAUUGACAGAGGCAACCUGUGGGAUAAAAUUAAAGAAGAAGAAUGAGUAUCUCCUUUCAGGUAAAAUGGGGAAUGAUGGAAGAAUUUUUAUUUCCUUAUGCAAUUUUAUUAAACCAUGGAAUGAACUUACUCUCGCUCAAAAGAUAAAUCUACAUAAGAAUUAUGAAAUGGGCUGUGACUGUAAAAUUAUUGGCUGCCCUGAAGAACCUUGUCCCAUCACAACACCCAAUGUAUGCCUAUGGAUGGAUUGGCUGAAAGAGCAGACGUUCUAUGGACGUCAAGCAAAUAAUUAUGCCUGUUUCAAGGACAGUGAUGGACCUUGCAGUUGGCAUCAUGAUUCUUCCAUCAGUGAACCAUAAAUAAUAUAAGUUUUUGGGGAAACCUGAGCGGUUAUGUUUAUCCAUGUUGCCUGUUUAAUGGUCCUUUGAACUUUCAAUAAUUGUCUUUCGCUUAGAAUCAAAAGCAGACUGUGCAGUGUAAUUAAAACACAGAAUACAUAGAAUUGGCAUCCAGAAUAAUGUAAAAAUGACAUUCCUGGCAGUAGCUGUUUUCUACAGUUAUUUCACUAAAUUUGUAAGGAAACAUCCCUGUUUUUUAAGAAAGAAUGCUUAUUUUUUUAAAGAAAGUAAGGUUUAUUAAAAUUGUAAUUUCUACUCCUGUUAAUACAUUGCAAAAUUUGAAAUGAUUAAAAUAAUACUGUUUUAAUCCGAAACAUUACCUUUGAAUGAAAAAAGACUUGCUCGUUUCUAUAGUCAUUUUUUUAAAAAAGAGAAAGAAUUAAAAAAUAAAAUAUAAUAGGCAGUUGUAAAAAAAUUAAAGAUAAACUUUUGCCUUCCAAGAUCACAGAUGGUAAUUUUUCUUUUAGUAUAUAUCAUCUGAAAUGCUUGGUUUCAGUUUUCUGUAUUUUACUUUUUAUGGCUCAAUGUAUUUCGUCACGUUAUUGAAAGAUUUGUUUAUAACUAUAACAACUAUCAUAAUCAAAUAGUCCAAUCAAUUGGGAUAUACUGUAAAUUAAAACUAGCAAUUCUGUUACAUAAUAAUUAUGACACUGGACCUGAGCUACUGGAAGGGAGAUAUGACUACAAUAAACAAACCAUAGAAAUGCAUACUUUUGUGAAAAAAAGAAUAUUUUCUAGUUUGAAAUGGUUACCAAGUCUUGCUACUUACAUAAGAGUAAAUAAAGGAAUGUGAUGGAAGAAAACAUGGGCCAAAAAUGAUAAGUAAUAAUCAGUGCAGAAUAGGCUAGUUUCCCCCCCCCCCCUCAACUACAAAAGUGUUGAAACCUGGUUAAUUCCUAGACAGCGUAUUUUGGAAAUUUUGAAGCAUUAGCACAGGAACAUUUUUUUGUAACUCAUUAAUUGCAUUCAGAACCUUCCAGGCAGAUUAGUAUACAUCAGUUUAGAGGCAGUAUGAAUACAUUAGGAAUUGGCCAUUAUUUUCUGGUUCAUAUCAAACCUUAUUUAUUUCUUAAUUCUUGAAAAAGCUGAAGACUUUUUGAAUGAUCUUAAAAGCUGAAUUAUUAUCAAUUAAACUUUUAAUUCAUAAAUAUCAGAGAAGAGCUGGCAGCAGUAAGUUGAGUUUCUUUCCUUAUUUCUUUUGUUAAUUUUCAAAGCUUUAAUGAAUAAGUUGAUUUCUUAGAGUGAAGAGAGAUGUUUUAAAACUACGAUGUAAAGUGGGAAAUGAAGGUUGAUAUCUUAUUUAAAAUAUUUUGCAAGAAUCAAUUCCAGCAUAUCUGGACCAUUUCAAAAUCAACUGCAAUCUUUUAGCUUUUUUUAAAGGAAGGAUGGGCAUUUUUAAGCUUUUUUAUUUGUGAUAAAUAUCCACCAAGGUAUUUCAUAUAGUUAAUGCUAGCUAAAUACAUAUUGAAAAUAUGCAUACAGUAAAAAAUAGAUAAAGACCACAUGCACAGACCCAUGAUCUAUGUAAGACACCAAUUUAAAAAAUACAAGGUAUAAUGUUGACUGAAUCAAAAUCGGUGACAGAACAUUUGUUCAUUUUGAAAGGUAAUAAAUUUAAAUAGUAUUAAUAGUUUAAUAAUUCUAUAAACAUGAUUAAAGCUGAAACUCCACUGGAAUCUAAGAUAAUAUUUCAAAAAGACAAUGGAUUGUGAAAUUGAUCUUAAAAUAAAUUUGGAACUUAUUAAACUUA